AAAACCUUCAACGGUCGCCACGGCAAACAACAUCGGCUCAGUCCUGCUCGUCUUCCACCUUUCUCAAAACACAACAUCGUCCCCUUUGCUGCGCGGACCACCAACCUCGCCCACAAGCGAAUCUAUCAUACAUCAUCGCCCAAGCCGAACCACCAUGUCGCAAACAAUGGAAAAGCCCACCGUCGUCGAGGCUGCCCCAAUGCCGGCCAGCCAUAUCAAACCCACCAGCUUCUUCACCGCGCGUUCCCGAGCCUGCUGCAGAUGCAACGAAGAAGGCUCAUCUCACGACCAGCAGUGUGUCAAGGCAGAAUGCACCCACGGUUACUGCACCGACUGCCCCCAGCUAGACUCGCGCGGAAGGGAGGUGAUCCCGCACUCGUUCCCUUGCAACUGGGUCUGCAACACGUGCUCGGAGGUGCACAGCGUGCUGUCCAUCCUCGUCAAGAACGUCGAAUGCAAGUGCGAGAAGCCGACGCUACAGGCUAUUUACGACCAAUUCGGCCGCAUCUUCCUGUACUUCCGCAACGACCCCGCUGUGGACGACUUGACCGAUUCGGCUAAAGUCCAGGAGGCGGCCUGGAGGGUCUGGGAGGCGGGCGCCGAGCCGUGGUUGCCGCAUGUUGUUGCUGCUGAGGAGGCGAUUGCGAGGGCGAGUUCUAAGAAGGGUUGGAGUCAGUUAUCUCAAGCUAGUUUCUCGAGUGAGGACACCCUCGACUUGGACAUGUCCGAGGCGUCCGAGUCGGUCGUUAGCGACUCCUAUUGAGUUCGGGAGCAGUCGUUAUCAACUGUUCUCGGCUGGAUCGUCAAGUGCUUUCAGCAGUGCUACCUUCUUUUGACAGCGACGUCAUUGCUCGAAAUUUCGAUUACUUUCUCGGCAUCGAACAUCCGUCACGACUUCCGAUUUCAUCACUCUCACUUGCUUCUGAGGUCCCUUUGAGGACAUUCAUCAUCAUUCUUAUCAAAAUUUCCGGGGAGGAGCGUUGCAUGGAAAAGCGG